AUGCUGCUCCCAGCGAGCGCUCUGAUUGGCCUGCUGUGCCUGAGCCACGCCGGCGGCGCGCUGGCCUUCGCCCGGCUGCUGGACGACGUGGAGCUGCGCUCGGCGUUCUCGGUCGCGCGCACCAACAGCAUGGAAGGCGGGCCCAAGAUGACCGUGACCUUCGACGCCGUUUACGUCAACAUCGGCGGGGAUUUCGACCCCAAGGCCGGCCUGUUCCGCUGCCGCAUCGCGGGCGCGUACUACUUCUCCUUCACGGUGGGGAAGUUUCCGCACAAAGACCUGUCGGUGAUGCUGAUGAAGAACCGGAACGAGGUGCAGGCCAUCGUGUACGAGGAGAACGCCGGAGAGGAGAGGAAGGUGCAGAGCCAGAGCGUCAUGCUGCAGCUGGAGUUCGGCGACACCGUCUGGCUCCGCCUCCACGGAGACCCUCGCUACGCGCUCUACAGCAACACUGGACACUACACCACCUUCAACGGGUACCUCGUCUACCCCGACACCUACAGCUUCCAGACGCACCACCACCAGCACCCGGCCCAGCAGCCGCACCAGGACAACCAGGCCACCGAGCACGCCAAGUCCGGAGCGAUGGAGGCGGAAGAGGAGCAGCUGUCGCAUCGGGAGGAAGAGGAGGACGACCACGAGGAGGAGGAGGAGGACCAGCAGAGAUCCGCCUUCUCGGUGGGGCGCACCCAGAGCAUCGUGGGAGUCGACCAGGCGGGCCUGCCGCAGCACCAGCCGGUCGGCUUCGACGCGGCGUUCGUCAACAUCGGCGGCGACUUCAACGUGACGGAGGGGCUGUUCUCGUGCCGCGUCGCCGGCGCCUACUACUUCUCCUUCAACGUGGGCAAGCUGCCGCAGAAGACGCUGUCCGUCAAGCUGAUGAAGAACCACCUGGAGGUGCAGGCGAUGAUCUACGACGACAGCCAGGGCGAGAAGGCGCUGCAGAGCCAGAGCCUGAUGCUGUCGCUGAAGUCGGGCGACACCGUGUGGCUCUACUCCCACCAGCGGGACGGCUUCGGGGCGUACAGCAACCACGCCAAGUACAUCACCUUCACCGGCUUCCUGGUGUACCCAGACUUCCCCAACACCACCAGCACCACCAGCACCACCAGCACCACCAGCCAAUCGUACGGAGACAAGAAGCCCUAGCUGCAGGCCGCCGGCGAGGGACUGAACAUUGUGGGAGGAAUUCAUGCAAAAGUGGGGAAGAAACGGCGGUUUCGUGUGCGGAAUACUUCCUCCACAGAUGAACUCCUUCUCAAAGUCAGAGAGACCUCGGACUGAAUGAAUGAAAAUCGUCUUUCACAGGAUUCCACGUCCUCGACAACGUGGGAACCUUGAACGUCGGCGACAACAAAAACAACGACGAAACAAACAAAAUCCAUCUUGUGUCCACUUUUAGUGCUUUGUGAUCAAGUAUUAAAUGAUUUAAAGUGGGUGCAGAAGUUGAAUGAUGAUUAAAUCCAUCUGAUGCACUUGUUUAAGCUGUAAUUUAGGGGAGUUUGGUCGUGAGCAGGUUUAUUUUGUUUCCCCGUCUAAAGACUUGGUGUUUAAAACGAAACGUGACUUUCUUUAUGUCCUUCGAGGCUCGUGGAACCGAUGUGAACACAUGAGUCGGUUUCUCUCCCGCGGGGAUCUGGACCAUGAUUAGAUUUCUAGUUCCAACAGCAGUUUAAUUUACGUCUUCAGAUGGCAACAACAUGGGGGGGGGGGGGGGGGGGGGGGGGCAAUGUGCAUGUCUGUGUAAUUUAACGCCGCGGGGAGAAAGACUUCAUGAAAUCACUUUCUCACCAUGUGACCUUAUGCUUUACGACGUUUAAAAAAUUCAUACAUAUGCAUUUACGACAUUUGUAUUAAUGAAAUAAUAAAAAAUAUAAAUGUUGUAAAUUAAUAUGCGUUUAUAUAUAUAUGAAAUGUGUAUUAUUUAAAUAAUCACUAAAAAUGUAAAAGAUUAAUACAUAUAAACGUAUGAUAUUUUUAAUAAUUCAAAAUUGUAAAUUAUACACCAGUAAUUUGGUCAAAAAUAAUCUUUAAAAUUAACAGGAAAUACAAUUCCCUUUUAACGCAGCAUCAAAUUGGUCAAUACUUCAAAUUGAAUUUAAAGUCCAGUAUAUAAUGUACAUAAACACGAUAGAUCCGGGUAUCGUUAUCGGUGCAUCCCAAUUCUUUGUAACACGUGUCACAUGUCACAUGACUCUGUUUCCUGAUUGGCUAAUUCUCUGGCAGCAAUUUUCCAAACAACGGCCAGCACAGCUUUUUUUUUUUUAAACUGCAUGCUCAUCGCAUGUCGCACUCGUUCAUCAUCAGGAUUAAUUAAUAUGGUCGUUGGUGACCAAAAGAAAUUAAUAAAGAAAUCUCAGCGACGUGCCGUUUUCAGAAACUAUUUUCCUGAUACUUUGGCUGAUCCACUAAAGCCAGAAGAAGAAGUCCUUCAGUGAAUUAUCCAGAGGAAUAGAUUAAACCUGUACACGAAACACCAAAACAAUCUACACGGUGACGUACGACCAGUUAUUAAGAAAACAUGUUAUCUAUACAUAUUCACAAAUCAGUAUGAAUCCAAGAUAAAUCAGAAAUAGUAACAGUAUUAAUCUAACGUCCACACUGAGGCCAUAAACCUGUAUCGGGUUCACAUCUGAAGGGUUCAGUUUGAGACCACUUCCCAAAAGGACUGAAUUUGGACCCACAUGGGUCCAUGCAUGCUAACAACUUUCAAUAAAACUGAAUGUAAAUUAAGAUAUGGAUACAAAAUAUGGAUCCAGAAAAUGGGAGAUUUGAUUGUAGCAGCAGCACAAAAGAGAGAAUAACCACGGCGUUACUAAACCGCCAAUUUACCGUUUAAAGUGUCCCAGCUUAAAUUGGAGCUGGGACACUUUUUUGGGGGGGGGUUACAAUUAGAUGCUAAUUUUAUUUUUCCACCGUGUGAAAUUACCCGGUGCAGUGUGCCUCGUUUCAGAUAACGUGUCCCGUCGCAGUCUGACCCCUCGGUGGUUUCUCUCUUCCAGCAUCCGUGAGAGUCGAGUGCUUCAUUGGUUCUUUUAAGACAAUGUGCUUUACUACGCUGUGACGAGAGAGUGGACGGAGCACAAAGUUAUUCAAUGUUCCGCGCGUCCGAACUCGUGACUCGAAAACACACAAACAAAAUGGCCGCCGUGGAUGGGAACGUCCGCUCUACUCCUUUUCCUGUUCCUGUGGUCAGAAUUUGUGUCGUGUGAAGUGACUUGAGAGCAAAACUCACCUGAAGCACUUUGUGUGAUGCAUGCACGUAAAAUACAGUGAAUAAAAAAACGUGUUAAAAUAAAUAAGGAUAAUUUCUCGUGACUCGCUGAGCAGCUUCACGCGGUCGACGCCCGUUACCUGUGUGUUUUUAUUAAGUGGAUCGUUUGUACGGUAGCCGACCAUGUGUUGGAUGUUAAUGAAUGCUUCGGUGAAAAUGUUUGACGAAAUAAAAAAUAUGAAGAUGG